AUGAGCUCGGAAGGAAGACCGGCCUAUGGACGGCGGCUGUUGCCGUCGGCCCUCGAUGAGCUUGCCGAGACGAGCCCGAACCGGCUCUAUGCCGCCAUCCCGAAGACGGCAGAUGUCAACGAUGGGUUCCGAGACAUUACGGUAGCCGACGUUGCACGGGGUGCCAAUUUCAUGGCCAAAUGGAUCGAGGACAAGUUCGGCCGCAGCGAGAGCUUCGAGACUCUCACCUACAUUGGCGUUUCCGACCUACGAGGUCCCAUCGUCUUCCAGGCCGCAGUGAAAUGCGGAUACAAGCUUCUCCUCCCCUCGCCUCGCAACCCGCCUGCCGUCAAUGUAUCCCUAAUGAACCAGACGGGCAGCACCAAGCUACUGCACGCUGCCGAAAUCACCCCUAUCGUCAAACAGGUGCCAGUCAUAGACCCAUCCAUCCGCCUUGAUGCCGUGCCCUCGUUCGAUGAGAUGAUGGAUAGCGCCCCGGAGCCCUAUCCGUUCAAGAAGAGCUUCGAUGAAGCGAGAGAUGACCCCGUAGUCGUUUUGCAUUCCUCGGGGUCUACAGGAAUCCCGAAGCCCAUAACCAUGACACACGGCACGUUUGCAGCUCUUGACAACCAGCAUAACUUGACGCAGAUACCUGGUCGAAAGAACCGAGACUCAACGAUAUGGCUCUUCGAUGGUGAAGCAAGGAUUUAUACGGUGUUUCCGUUCUUUCAUCUUGGCGGUUUCCUCUUCCUUCUUGUAAACGCAAUCUUCAGGAAUGCGUCGUCGGUACUGGGACCACCGCACAUGGUCCCGGACGGACCCCUCCUCAAGAACAUCAUGAUGCACCAGAAACUGCGUGCAAUGUUCCUUGUGCCGGCCGUGAUCGAACAGGUUCUCCAGGAACCCAAUGGCAUUGAUUUCUUCAAGGGCUUGGAUUUCGUCGCUUAUAGUGGUGCCCCUUCGACCGCCGCAGUUGGUGAUCGCCUCUCGAAAGUGGUCGAGUUGUUGUCGCCCUUUGGCUCCACGGAAACCAUCUUGGUACCCGAGUUGGCACCAGCGCGCGAAGACUGGGCCUGGCAUGAAUUCCACCCGCACUACAAGCAUGAGUUGCAGCUCUACGACCCGGCGGAAGGCACCUAUGAGCUCGUCAUCUUCCCCGAUGAGGCCAACAAGGACAUCAUUGCCCUCUACCACAACUUGCCCGGCGUUACCGAGUAUCGCACCAGGGACCUCUUCACACGACACCCCGACAAGCCAGACCUUUACAAGUACUACGGCCGCAGGGACGACAUCAUUGUUCUGGCGAAUGGCGAAAAGUUCAAUCCUCUUCCACUGGAAGCCGAAGUCCAGAGCCACCCCGAUCUCAAGGGCGCACUGGUGAUUGGCAACGGCAGAACGCAAGCAGCUCUACUGGUGGAGCCAACAAAGGCCCUCGAUGAAGCUGCACGAUCAAAGUUGCUGGAGGACCUCUUGCCAUUCGUUGAGAAGUCGAACUCUCUCCUCCCAGGGCAAGGGCGCAUUCCCCGGGGCAAGCUGAUCUGUGCUCUGCCCGACAAGCCCUUCAGUAGGACCGGUAAAGGCACCGUAGUGCGUAAACUGACAGAGCAGAUCUACAAGCCAGAGAUUGAGAAUCUGUACUCAGACGAGUCGUCGCAAAAGAAGACUGCUAGCGUGAGCCUGAAGGCGAGCCUCAAGCCCGUCUACGAGCACUCUGUGGUUGUCGACUUUCUUCGAACGAUUGUGUCCGAAUCUUUCGUACCAGGGGCAACAAUCGGGGAGGACGAAGACUUCUUCUCCUAUGGCCUCGAUUCGGUGCAGACGUUGGAGAUCACGUCCAAUCUGAAGCGCAAUCUGAAAGACCAGACGUCGAAGUCGGUCUCAUGGAUCACGCCACGAACCAUUUUCCGGCAUUCGUCUCUCGCCGAUCUGGCGCGCUUGCUGGCAGCAUUUCUCAACGAGAAAACGGUCCCCGAGGAAGAUUCCGACCUUGCCAGAGCUCGUGCCGUGGAUGAGACCGUUGCACAGUAUGUUGAGGGCUUGCCAGAUAGGUCUGCAUUGCAGGCUGUUCCAUCGUCCAAGACAUCUACGGUCGCCGUGAUUGGCUCGACAGGCUAUCUGGGGGCAUACAUCGUCGCAACCCUAUUGAAGAACCCGGAUAUCACGCAGGUGUAUUGCUUGAACCGGUCCAGCGAUGCUCAGCAAAGGCAAGAGGCAUCUCUCAGGCAACUGGACAAUGCUUUAGAACAACAUCUGCACAAACUGGUCUACAUGACCGUCGAGCUCGGAAAGCCGUUACUUGGACUUGGCCAGGACAAGUACGACCUGAUUGUUAGCAAUGUCGACGUUGUUGUCUACAACGCAUGGAGGCUGGACUUUGGCCUCGCGAUCCGGUCAUUCAGUCCAUUCCUGCGUGCAACACGAGACCUGAUCGAUCUCUCGGCUGCUAGCAAGCGCAACACUCGCAUUGUCUUCGUCAGCUCUAUAUCAUCAGUCGCCAGCAUGGCUAGCAAGGCCACGGUACCGGAAGCCCCCGUUGACGACCCCUUGGCUGCCCUGAACAUUGGCUACGGGCAGUCGAAGCUUGCUGCCGAGCGAAUUCUCGCAAGUGCGACCCGAAAGUCCGGCGUUCCCGUCACGAUUGUUCGUGUCUGCCAGGUUGGUGGCCCUAGCAGCCCCAACGCGGGCACGUGGGCAGACCAGGCGUGGAUCUCGGCUGUGGCACGAACGGCAAAGGCGCUCAAAUGCUUUCCCAGCGACCUCGUGCCGAUCGACUGGGUUCCCGUUGACACGGUGGCCGCCAUGUUGCACGCUUUCAUCCUUCAACCAGCCGGCGCUGAGGCGCAGGUAUUCAACAUCUACCCGCCCAAGCCACAGCCGUGGACCCUGCUCGUCGACGUCCUGCGCGAAGGAUUGGACAUCAAGGAGACGGUGCCCCUGCGGGAAUGGACCAGGAGGCUUCGCGCGAUCUCCAACCCAACUGCCGACGACUUAGCGCAGAUGCCGGCCCUGAAGAUGCUGGACUACUACGAGGCCCUGGGCGACAGGUCCCAGUCGGCCGCCGUGGCCACUGACCGCGCUUCGAGGACCUCGCAGGUCCAGAUCCCGACGGUGGACAAGGCUAUGGUGGAGGCCUGGCUUCGCGACUGGGAUCUGUAG